AUGUCCACCGAGUCCAGCAGUGCACAACCUGUCGUUGCCAUUGUUGGUGCAACGGGAAACCUGGGCAAUGAUAUUGCUGAGGCAUUCUUGAACCAUUACCGCUCUCAAUUUUCGAAGGUCAUCGCCGUUGUAAGAGACCCGACGUCUGUCGCGUCGCGUAAGCUCGCAGAAGCUGGCGUAGGACUGCGUCAGGUCGACCAAAUAGACACUGUACCUUCCUUCGCGCGGGCUUUCGCUGGUGCCGAUGUGGUCGUGAGCGCCGUCAGCAAUGCACCGUUGGAAUACCACGAUGCACUCUUCGAUGCAGCGUUUCAAAACGGGGUGAAGGUCUAUUUCCCCUCGGACUUCGGCGUAGAUUAUCAUGUGGCUGACUUUCCAGGAUAUGAAGAGCCCCUCUGGGUUGCGAAGGCUCAGCAUGUCUCCCGCGCACGGGAGCUUAGUCACGGGAAAAUCAAAAUCAUAGAAUUGAAUAUAGGGAUGUUCAUUGAGUUCAUCUUGAUCGUGAGUCAAAUGGAUCAUUUUGGUUUUGAUGCUGAAACUUUGACCUUCACGUUCGCUGGCUCCCCGGAUAGCAGGCUCGCGGUCACAGCUAAAGCAGACAUCGCACGCUCUUUGGCGCAGCUCGCGUUGCUAGCGCUCGUCUCAAGCUCUGUCCCGGAUGUCGUACGCAUUGCGGGCCAGAAUGUCAGCUAUCGCAAAAUUGGCCAGGCUGCCGAACGCGUCAGGGAGGAGCGCGAGUUGAAGCCGAAGAACGUGACGCUGAAAGCCAUAGAUCUAGAAGCAUACAAGGCCGCCACUCGAGAGGAACAGGUCAGGACUGGAGUCUCGGAUCUUCAUAAGCAUAUCAAGAUUGUCGUCGGUGAAGGAAAGGUGGACUUCUCACACAGCAAUCACAAUGAGCUCGUGAACCCCGGAGAGAAGUGGUGGAAAUGGAAGCGUGUGGAGGAUUAUGCCCGCGAGCUGGGCGGUCGGCUUUGA